UAGCAGUACCUGUUGUGUCUAUCUCGUAUGCAUACCAGUCUUUCCAGUUGCAAGAUGUCGUUUUUCGGUUCCAAUCCGUUCGUAACGCCCGUCGGGCAAAGAAUAGAGAAGGCCACCUCGGAGGGUCUAGCCUCCGAGGAUUGGGGCCUGAACAUGGAGAUAUGUGAUAUCAUCAAUGAAACAGAGGAAGGGCCUAAAGAUGCUAUCAAAGCCAUCAAGAAAAGGCUGCUAGGAAACAAGAAUUGGAAAGAAGUCAUGUUUGCACUCACAGUCUUAGAGACGUGCGUCAAAAACUGCGGCCACCGUUUCCACGCACUGGUCUGCAAGCAGGACUUCGUCAAGGAGCUGGUCAAGAUCAUCCAGCCCAGCAUGAACCCGCCCACCGUCAUCCAGGAGAAGAUCCUCAGCCUCAUCCAGUCUUGGGCCGAUGCCUUCCGCACCAAGCCGGACCUCCAAGGGGUGGUCAAGGUCUACGAUGAGCUGAAGCAGAAGGGUAUCGAGUUCCCGGCCACCAACCUGGAUGAACUGUCGCCAAUUGUUACUCCCCAGAGGGCAACCCCAGAGGUAGAUCCAGCCAGCAGGCGCGCUGCUCCAACCAGACAGAACUCCCAACCCCAGAUGCAGCCCCAGAUGACAACUCCCUACCCACCCCAGCAGGGUGCCUACUCACCCCAGCAGGGCGCCUACCCACCCCAGCCGGGCACCUACUCACCCCAGCCGGGCACCUACUCACCCCAGCAAGGUGCCUACCCACCCCAGCAGGGCACCUACCCACAGCAGCAGAGCCCCUACCCGCCCCAGCAGUCCCCGCUCAACACGGGGCCCAUCCCCGUGCAGCCCUCCUCCCCGGCCCAGGCCCCAGUGCCAGCGCCGGCACCAGCUGGCCUAACCCCCGAGCAGCUGGCCAAGCUGAGGCGUGACCUGGAGAUGGUGCUGGGCAACGUCAGGGUCAUGUCGGAGAUGCUAACGGAGAUGGUGCCCGGCCAGGAGGAUCCCAGUGAUCUGCAACUCCUGCAGGAUCUGAAUAAAACAUGCCGUGCAAUGCAGCAGCGUGUGGUUGAGCUGAUAAGCUCCAUCAACAACGAGGAAGUGACUGGUGAACUACUGAGGGUCAAUGAUGACUUGAAUAACGUGUUCGUCCGCUACGAUCGCUUUGAGCGCUACCGGCAGAGCCAGACUUCCCAACAGCCAGCACAGCAGAUGGGGGUCCCAUCAGUGCCCCAAGCACAGCCAGUGGCUCAACCAAAUAGCGUCAGCAGUGCUCCUCCUCCCUACCCUGCGAGCUCCUCCCCCGCCCCUCCACCAGCAGCCCAGAACACUGCUACCCUAAUAGACUUGGGGACCGACGAGCCCACUUCCGCCCCCAAUGCCUUUGCUUCGCCCGCUCCUGUCGCCGCAGCAGGGGACAUGAGCCAACAGAUGGCAGGUCUUGACAUUUCCGGUGGUGCAGCCCCAGCAGUGUCGACAGACGAGUUUGACAUGUUUGCCCAGAGUAGGCAGACCAGCUACACGGACAGUCGAAAAAGUGGCAGCACAUACCAAGACAUCAUGAACUUGGACCAGUCGGGCGUGACGAUGGGUAAUCUUGUCAAUGCCCGGGCCAAUCCAUUCUCAGCUGCACCUGUGGCUGAACCUGCACAGGAAGUAGAACCUGAGUUAGCAGAAGAGGGACUUCCACCCAAUGUUGAUGUGGACGAAAUGGAGAAAUGGCUAAAUGCAACUGACCUGGAGAAAGCAAACGACGGACUGGCAGCCCAGAACACCAACAGCCAGGAAGAGGCUGGAAUCACAAGUUCAGAAUUUGACCAGUUUCUAGAAGCAAGGGCCAAGGCAGCUGAUACUCUCCCCAGCCAGACAAGCCAGACCCGCCAGAACAAGAUGGAGGAAGCCGAGAACACCAUGUUUGCCUUAUAGGGAGAUGUCAGCACAGUCGGAUCCAACCACUCUGAAAAGGGGGAGGGAAGGGGUUUGUGCAGGCAGUCAGCUGAUGCCAAAGUGCAGUGAAGUAGAGUAAAACGCAAAGGAAAUUGAGAUGUACAUAAUGCAUUCUUGCAUUGAUGUAAAACGAGAUAACUUGUACAUACAAAUGUAAUACGUCGUUGCACUCCCCAUCAUGCAUUUGUGAAAUUGUGUAACAAUAUUUUGUCCUGCAUGAAUGGAAAAAAAACUUUAAGAAUUGAGAUUUAUAUCUAGUGAUGUAUUUUAAGGACGCGAAUCAGUCUAUGAAAUACUGCAGAGUUCUAUAUUCAUCCAGUUCUUAGGGAAUUCCACUAAUCCAGAAUCAAUUAAGCUUAACGCUGAAAGGAUGUGUCAAAAUGACGUUUAUUAAAGGGCAGGUAUUUCAGGUACCCUGCUUUUAUUUUGGAAAAAAAAGCAUCGUAAGAAAUAAAGACCGUAGAAAUGGAAAUCAUGGAAUACAUCGGUAGUUUUCCAAUGAACCUAUGUUAAAGAUGCAUGCAUUGUUCUCUGCUACUUCUACUGUUCCGGGGUAGCAUCUGCGUCAAGGUUGCAGUUGCUUUCCUGCAAUCAACACUCUUAUUUUUGCAUUUUCACAAAGGGAGGUUUUUUUGUCUUGCGUUUCAAGUUUUGGUGAUAUACUUUCACUUUCGGAUAGCAUUUGAGACAACCAAGUUCUCUUACUGUGAGCAAACUUACAUAUUAAAUCACAGGUACAUGUUGUCAGUGUCAUCAUGACGGUGAACUGUAUGAAGUUUUUCCUGGAGACUAAUCCGGUGGCCAGACUUAGAAGUCAUUACUGCUGGGCCCUUUUUUUGGCACGCAGGCGAUACACGCGCGUUACAUUUCUCUCAGACCAGUAGGGUGUUGUGACUUGCCAAACUGUGUGCUGGCGCCAAAGUUCGAAACCCUUGGCGUGAGUAUUGUGGCCCCAUAGGAAUGGCAUCUCCACAUAUUUGUCUAGAGCUGAAUCAGCCUUGUGAAUAAUAAUUUCCAGUCCUCAUCAAUUAAUGAAGUAAGAAAUUGGAUUUCAGUGUAUGUUCCGAAUUAGAAACUUCUGAAAUAUUGGAGGCAUUUUUUACCAAUUCAGUCACAACUGAUUCAUCAGAGCUGUGCAUUUCCAGGCAAACAGUCGCAAGCCAAACGUUAAAAAAGCACACAGGCAACAUUUAUUGUAUCUUUAUAAUUUAUAAAUAAUAUUUUUAUAUGAUUCUUCAAAUUUAUCCAGACGGAACGUGUGCAAAUGCACCUGUCUUUGCAACUCUGAAGUAGUCGUGUCGUUCUCUGCUUGUAUAUAUUAAAAAAAAAUUUAAAAGUAGUGUGAACCAUUCAGAUCAUUAGCCAAAAGGCAUCUAGUGUCUAGAAAGUCUGCUUCUGUUCAAGGAUGUUUAACUUUUGGAAUCUGUCGUUUAAUUUGGUGUAAUUUUUGACAAAAAGGUUUGUCAGACAGAAUUUAUCAGGCGGAAUGAAUUUCCUGACUAAAAUUACAGUGCUGUUAUAAAAGGAUCGCCAUUGGCCUAAAAAAGCUCGAGAUGAGAAUUUCAAGUAAAAAGCUGCUAAAAGGAAAUGAAGUUUAUUUUUCCAUUGGUAUUUCUUUGUCAUACGUUGCAAUUGUUUUUUUCUACGACCAAAUCAAAUUUCCCUAUGCGUAUAAUGUGAAGUGACUUCAAGGGUAAAGCUUUUGACAAGUGGCUGUCUGCAUAAUGUGCAGAAAAUCUCACUGAAGAAAACAGGUGCUAAGCUAAUCCAAGCACGAACCAGUCAUAGGCAGUGUACAUAAAGUGACUUUUUGGUUGGUAACCUGUUUUUGCUGAGCAAAUAUGUUCAACACUCAGUUAAUUUUCAAGGCUAACAGGUCUGUGAAAUUGGUGAACUCUGUCCACAGGUGUCAGUCACACAGUAACCGCUCACAGAAAGCUAACCAUUUCGGGGUGCUUUAUGGUGCCGUUUUAAGCCUGCUGUUGAAACAUUGUAUUCUUUGUGUGGUAGUUGGGUUUGUGAGACCAAAACAGACGGUCUGUACUACAGUUAACAUUUCACCAAUGUCCUCAGUAUUUACUUAAGAACUCAAGACUUUGAGAUGGCUCCAGUGCAGAGGAGGCAUCAUUGCGUAGUGAUAAUGCAGGUUGAAUUUCAUGCAGUGUUUCAGUAUGGAAUUCGUUGAGUAUUGGCAGGCAUUGCGUGCUUGCUGGCUGGUGAAGAAAUACCACCACCACAGCUUAUUAAAGGGGAAUUCUAGAGGCAUAGUCAAAACAACUAAUCAUAUUAAUCAACAGCUCAACCUGUCCGUACAGUGUCUAUGUUGGCAGAUGUCACAAGUUGCCCUGUUCUUCUUACGCAUGCUGCACUGUGUUGUGUGUCCCUUUGUUUUUAACUGAACUUGAGGCAUAUGUAAAAAGUGUAAAUCAUGACCUGUAUUUGAGUCAUUUUGAGUUGGUUUAAGUUAAAAUCUGUCAGAUGUCUUGUGGCCUUUUCUCCUGUUGAGUAAGGUAAAUUUGAGUCGAGUUGUGAGCAUCAGUGAUUGUUUCUCAAGUUUUAUAAACAUGACCAUCUCUGACUCAAGUAAUUUUUUCUUAAGUUCUACCAAGAUGUCCAUUUGCUCAAAACUUUUGCAGUAAUUUAAGAGCUGUCUUAGAUUUGGUAAAUGUGGAAGGUUACCAGUGGUUGUUUUCAGUUGUGAAAACAGGCAACUUUGAAAUGAUGGAAAUAUUUCUUGAUUGUAACCCUGAUUUCAUGAAUUGAGUGCACUGCAUGCAGGAGAAAUAUAAUGACUUCCUCAAACAACCCUAACACUCCCAAAUCCUCCAAUUUCAAUACGAUUUUACAUACACCCUAGGGGGUUAGGGUUAAUAGCGAUUAUAAAAUGGAACAUAAACAAUGAAACUCAGGUGUUCAACUGACAUUUCUUUUGAUGGACAGGAGUUGCUUUAUUGCGUGGUUGAUCAGUCACAUGAUCUCUCUGUUAAGUUUGUUCACCCACGAAUUAGAUCAGUUUGUCCUUGAGCCAAUCAGUUUGUCUGCUUAUUUGAUGGGUUUCUCCCAUGAAAUUUCUCAAAUCUUUGUGUUUUGUUAGUUUUAGAGACUUUUUUUCUGGCUUGGGCUCGCAUUCAAUGUGGCAUUGAGUACUUAAUGUAUAAAACGGAGUGCAUGCACUCUUUGGUUAGGAAAUCAGACGUUUAGUAGUAACAGUGUUUUCGAAGUCACAGGGGAAGGGGAUGCAUUCCCCACCCAUAAAGUGGUAAAAAUUAACAAUCAUUAUUGGCACUAGUCCAGACACAAUGAUUCACUUGGUAAUUAAGUAAUGUUGUUUGUAGAUAAAUAUUUCAUCUGUAGGAUGUUGGGAUUUUCUUUGCUUACUGCAAACAAUAAAUUAUAUAUACUGUAUAUGUGGAGUACAGAUUUGAAAGUUGGGUUUCGCUUUUCAUCUCCAUAAACAGAGAGAAAGAAACACCACUGACUUUUACAUAAAAUAUAUUAACACAUCGAAUACUUCUGCAUGUACUCAUUCCUGGCAAAUUUUGACGUCCUAAGUACAGAUUACUCAUUGGUGUUUGAAUUACUCGCCUCACUGCAAUGCAAAAUACCACUAAUACUGAAAAAGACUGUCAAAUACAAAGCAAAUAAAAUUUUAAAAAUACACAGUUUCUUCCUUUUUGCUGAAUGCCUUGACUGUA